AUGUCGAACAGUGCUGGUUUAUCAACCGUUUCGCAAUUAGUCAAACAGACAUCUCUUCUCAAUAAUCGACAAUAUGUAUCAGCUAAAGAAGGUUUAGAAUUUGCUGAAACAGCUAUUAGAACAACUAGAUCAACAUAUUCAUCUCAACAAAAUAAACUGGAUAAUUCAUUUUCUAUUGGUACUCUAUCAAAAGAUGAUUACGAUAAACAAACAAAUCGACUUAAACAUCAAGUUGAAAUUGAUUGUGCUCCAUGGGAAAUUUAUGUUAAAAAAUUAACUCAACUUAUUGAACAUUAUCCAUCACAAUCUGAAACACAACAAAAUAAUAAACGAACAUUCAAUCAAUCUUCAUCUAUGAAAAAGCCACAUUCUAAUUUAUCCGUAUCUAAACGUAGUCGUAUAACCUUUUCAUCCAGUAGUUCUGAUUCAGAUACACUCGAACCUAUUCCUCCAACGACUCAAAAAAAAUCGAAUCCAAUUAUAAUCAAACAUGAUUCAAGCACAAAUACAAGUCCAUUAGAAUUAUCACUUUGUUCACCUUUUUCUUCAACACCAAACACUAUUCCAUUUACAGCUCAAACAAAUUAUAUUACACAGCGAAUUCCUUUACAACAUAUCAAUGAAAUAGCUGCAAAACAAAUAGUUCUUCUUCAUGAUGAAGGACAAUUAGUACGAUGGAAUGAUGUUAUUUGGCGUAUUCUAACAUAUUUUCAUGUUCAAGAUCUUGGUAAUAUAGGUAUUCAACGUGCUGAUCAAAUUGCUUGUAUUGAUAAUCUUAUUCGAACACAAAAUAAAAUAAAUAUCUAUCUUGAUUCUUAUGGCUAUUGGCAAACAAUAGGCACAUUAAAUGAAUUAGAAAAUGAUUUAGCUCGUAUAUUUUAUAAAAAUGAUUAUAAUGAAUUAUUAUUGGGUCCUAUAGAAAGACAACCAAAAAUUGAAGAAUUAUUUCGAUUAAAACAUAUUCGAAAUGAAUAUAUAAAAAAAGAUUUAAAAACUUCUGAUGUAUUAAAAUAUCUUGAUCAAUAUAUGACUAAAGAAUCUGUUUGGAAAACAGAAAAUGAAAUAAAUGUUGAACAUUUUUUCAAAUUUAUAGCUAAACAAAUUCAUGUAAAAGAUAUUUAUCAAUUAGGUAUUCGAAUGAAAAGUGCAUAUUUAGCAAGAAAUUGUAUUAAAACUAUGCAAGCUAAUCAACGUAAAACAAUGGAAAUAGCUCGAACAGAAUUAAAUUAUAUAUUAACUGAUCUUGUACAAAAAGAAAUUGAAAACAUUUCAAAAAUUAUUAACGAUAAAUUAGAUAAUAAUAAUCAACAACAUGAUUCAAUUCCUCGACUUGAUAAUAUUCGUUCUGGUACCUUGUCAACAAUUAUUGAUACGCCUUAUGAAACUAUUGAACAACAUACUAAACAUGUUAAUAUUGAAGAUCUUACUCAUCAAGUACUUGAUAAUCGAAAUUCAACAAUUGGUUCUGAUCAAGAAUCAUUGGAAAAAAUUGGUCGAUGGGGUGAACAAUGGGUUAAUGAAUAUCUUCGUGCAAAAUAUCAGGAUAAAAUUCAAUUGAAUGAAAUAGAAAUCAUAUGGCUUAAUGAAAAAUUCGAACAAGGAAAACCAUAUGAUUUCAUUAUAAAAUAUCUUAAAACGAAAAUAAUAACAUAUAUUGAAGUAAAAAGUACUUUAAGUAAUAAUCGUCAAUUAAUACCAAUAACAUACAAUGAAUUACAAUAUUGUUGUUCAUUGUCAGAUAUAAAUCAACAUUUUCAAAUCUAUCGUGUUUAUAAUACCGGUCAAGUAAAAAAAGUUAAAUUACGUAUUGUUGAAAAUCUUGAAGAAAAAUUACGUAAACAUGAUUUGGAAUUGUUUUUGUUAAUUUGA